CCUCGCUCUGGGGCUUGAGCCUGCGCGCUCGUGCCCCGCGCGCCCCACGCGCCCCGAGCCCCGCGCGCCCCACGCAUCCCGCGCGUCCCCGGCCCCGCGCGCGCUCCCCGCAUCCCGCGCCCCCGACGUCCGCUCCCCUGUCCGCAGUGUCUCCUCCCGCGGACAUGGCCCCGGUGUUGGCGGCGAGCGCCCGCCAGGGGCCAUGAUCCGGCUGCGCGGCUGGUGCGCGCGGAGGCCCCGCGGCGCAGCGGUGCCUGCGGGGCCCGCUGGGCUGCGCUGGGCGUCGGGCGGGCCUGCCGGCCGCGCCCUGCGGGUGCUGGUGGACAUGGACGGCGUGCUGGCCGACUUCGAGGGCGGCUUCCUCAGGAAGUUCCGCGCGCGCUUCCCCGACCAGCCCUUCAUCGCGCUGGAGGACCGGCGCGGCUUCUGGGUGUCGGAGCAGUACGACCGCCUGCAGCCCGGGCUGAGCUUCCCAGUAGCACUGAGGUUGCGAGUCUUCCUGGACGGCACACAGGGAGUCACGGACCGUGUUACUGUGAUGCCACCAAGCCUGUUACUGAAAUGGAAGUCCGUGUGCCCGAUGCACAGUGAGGCCAAACGAUACCAAAACGUCAGAGUCUGGAACAGAGAAAGGUCUACUGCAGGGCCAUGCAAGGAGAUGGAUGGCUCAUGCCUUAAAAACCCCAAACUUCCCAAAAGCUUUCAGCAAAGCCCUUUUCUAGGAAAGGAGAAGGCCAUCAGCAUCUGGGAGUCGGAGAACUUCUUCUUUGACCUCGAGCCUCUGCCAGGCGCUGUGGAGGCAGUGAAACAGAUGGCCAACCUGGAGAGCACCGAUGUCUUCAUCUGCACCAGCCCCAUCAAGAUGUACAAGUACUGUCCCUUCGAGAAGUACGCCUGGGUGGAGAAGCACUUCGGCCCUGACUUUCUGGAGCAGAUGGUGCUGACCAGAGACAAGACCGUGGUCUCCGCCGACCUCCUCAUAGACGACCGGGUGGACAUCACAGGCAAGUGGCCUGCAGCGGGGGAGGGGGGCCGAGCCGAACCCCCGCUGGGAGCACGUGCUCUUCACGGCCUGUCACAACCGGCACAUGCGGCUGCAGCCCCCCGGCCGCAGGUUGCACUCAUGGGCAGACGACUGGAGGGCCGUCCUGGACAGCAAGCGGCCCCGCUGAGCUGGCUGAGCCCCGGCCCCGCACGUUGCCCGGCCUGGCCUUACAUGCACCUCGGGGCAAGCCUGGCCCAGGGCCCUGGACAGGACACAGGCAGCCAGGCCGACCUCAGGCCUCCGGUCAGGGAGGAGCCCGGGGCGUUGUUCAGAGGGGACAGUCCUCCCCUCCCUCAGGGAAGCCCCCUCCCCGGCCAGCAGCCACCUGGUCUGAGGGUGACGUAGGAGCAGGUGGGGACAACCGCCCCGCCCUGACCCACAGCCCCUGCUGCCUGGCACCCAGUGGGGUCUCCCCCGUGGACCUGCCCCGGAUCCAGCAAACACGGUGCGAGUUCUGGGCCAUGCCAGGCUCUGUGCCUGGGGUCCUCCCUGGGCCCCGCCUCUGACCGGCUAGAGGGCUCUGCCCCCCACCCCCCACUACCCCGCCCCGGGGGCCGAAGGCUUGGAUGUUCGCUGAAGGCGUGAACAAUAAAUGCUGUUCUCUAGUCCCCGCC